GCGUCAGUCGCAACACGGCGCUCACGACGCGGUUGUGUUUCGAGCGCAGAAAUUCAAAUUUAGAAUAAACUUUUCUUUUGUUUUCUUGUUUUUUUUUUUUUUUCUUGGAUGCGUUCGGUGUUACGAAACGGAUUUAAUUUUGUGCCAGUGCGUUUACAUCGUACCGUGUUUGUGCAACUUUUGAUUGUGAUAUCUAAUACUAAAACGAAUUCAAUUGUUGGUGUAUUGCUGUGAUGUGUAUUUGGUAGAUUUAUAGAAAGAUCAUCAGAUAUGAUCCACGUUGACGAAACAGAUCCUGUUGGGGAAAUAGAACCGCCUUUCCCGAAUCGAGAUGUCACCAUCAAACGGAAUACGGAUGUCAACGACUUUUACGAGAUGCUCUCAGAGAUCGGCCGGGGAAAAUUCGGCACGGUAUACCUAUGCCGGGAGAAGAGUACCGGCUUGGAGCUCGCCGCGAAGCUGGUCUCCGUCAGCCGAAGGGACGAGCGGCGGAACGUGGAACGCGAGGUGGAGGUGAUGAGGCGUCUCCGACAUCCUCGCCUGAUACAGCUGUAUGAUGCAUACGAGUGGGGGAAAUAUAUGUGCGUCGUACUAGAACUGAUAACGGGCGGAGAACUAUUCGAGAGAGUGAUUGACGAAGACUUCGUGUUGACAGAACGAGCUUGCACAGUCUUCAUGCGGCAGAUAUGCGAAGGCAUCGAAUUCGUCCACAGACAAAAUAUAUUGCAUUUGGACAUGAAGCCGGAAAAUAUCCUGUGUCUAACAAAGACAGGUAACCGAAUAAAAAUUAUAGACUUCGGUUUAGCGCGGUUCUAUGACCCGGAGAAGAAAUUGCAAGUAUUGUUCGGCACCCCGGAAUUUGUCGCGCCGGAGGUUGUUAACUUUGACCAGAUCGGUUAUGGUACAGACAUGUGGUCGGUUGGAGUAAUAUGCUACGUCCUUCUAUCGGGUUUGUCUCCAUUCAUGGGCGAAACAGAUAUAGAGACAAUGGCAAAUGUAACCGUAGCAAAAUAUGAUUUCGAUGAUGAAGCCUUCAAUGAAAUCUCUGAUGAAGCCAAAGAUUUUAUCAGCAAGCUCCUUGUGAAAGACAAAGAGUCACGACCCAGUGCCACGGAGUGCUUACGCCACCAGUGGAUCGUGAAAAGACCCCCAGUGAAGAAAGACAAGCCACCAGUACCGCAGCCCUCUCCAAAACACGAACUAGACGUAGCAAAAGACAACCUCCGACUCUUUGUUGAGAGGUGGAGCGAACAUCCCAACUCUCCCUAUAUAUUCGACAACCAAUCACAUGAAAUCACCACUCUAAUGAAUGGAAAUUGUGAGAAGUCGUCUAUUGGAGGUUGUUCGCCUUCUCCGAGAAGUUCCCUCAGUAGUUCCCCAGAUGUAAUUUUCGAUGAAGACGAUUUAGAACCACCGCCAUUGAGAGAAAAUAACUUCUUGUCACCACGAUAUAAUCCCGUAGAACGACGAGCGUCAGACAGUACUUGCUUUCUACAUAAAAAGCAAGAUGUGAUGGUUAGGAAAAACCUGGCCGAAGAGAUAAAGAAGUUAUCAGAUCAUCUAUAUAUGCUUUCAACGAUGAAUACAGAUUUAGCUAAUAACAACAAUACGAAAGAGCUAGACAAGAAUAUUACGGAAAAGUCAGUUAUGUCAAAAGAAGAAAAAUUACCAAACGGUUUCAAAAAGGAAUCCAAAACAGUAAUUAAGACAAUAACAAAUGGUGACACCACUAAUAAAGAAAAGAGGAUAUUCACAUCAAAGUCCAGUCACAAGUUAACUUCAACAUUCUUCUCAGAGAGGGAACCAGAAAAGCCGAUGACUAGCAAAAUGCCGUGGGCCAAAUCGACGAGGUCUAAACGAGUUACAAAUAUGAGCAGAGAUGUUCCCGAUCAACCUAUUGACAGGCGGAACAGCUUCUUCCAAGAGUUUGAUAAGCGUAGAGAACAAAUUGAUAAAUUAGUAAAUGGCCCAGAAAAAAGUAGACAGAUGCCUUACAGGAGAGGAGAUGAGAACAAUGCUCACAGAACGAAGGAUCUACUGUUGCAUCUACUAGAAAAAUGGGGAGAGACAGAAGAAGUUGAAGCUGAAAGGACGGCGGGGGGCACUUCGAAUGGAGGAAGACACCAAUCGAUAUCCUUGGAGUGGUCUCCUUCAAAUCAACUUGCACAGAAUUCCAUGUCGAGCCUCCACGCCUUCUUCCAGAGACAGACGUCAGAUGAGAAGAUACAACGGAAAAAAAUCACAACUGAGAUGAAGAGUUCCAAAUGAUUCUUGUUUUGACACACGAACUUCUAGUGCCAUGACAAUGGGACGCUAUUUGUCCAUGUUGUAAUUCUAAAAAUCCGAAUUUUUAUAGAAGUCAGUUAAAACAAAGUUGUAAAUGAUUAAUGUUAAUAGUAAGUUACCAAAGUAACUGAUUGAGAUUACGCUAUGUUUAAUUUAAGUCUACCUACUUACUUUAUUUAUAAGAAUGGCAGUAAAUGACAAUGUUACGAAUCUAGUCUCCAUACACAAAGUUCCGUAUGAAACCCGAAUGGCAUGCAAGACUGAGGUGCGUUUUGGUAAUGGCUAUCUUAGACAAUUCUAUCUAGGUUGAUAUCUAGGUCAUUUGGAAGCGAUGUUAAGUUGCCACUUCUACGAGCGAGUAUUGCGCAGCGAUAAUAUAUAAUAUCAUGUAUCUAAACGACGAUAUUAUGUUGUCAGAAACAUACAUGACUUGUGACAGGGCUUUUUGCGGGUUAAUACUCGCAAAAAGCGCUUGUUUACGGUUGUUUACGAAAGCCGUUGUUUACGACUCGGUCUUGUUGAACCUUUAGAAGCGUAAAUUACCACUUUUAAAAUUAUCUACAAUUUGAGCAACUAAUUGAUUUAUGAGAAUUCGAAAAAUAGACCUUUUAAUAAUUCUUAGAUAAAAAUUUAUUCAGAGAGUUAUAUUGUGUUUUCUCGUAUAAAACAAUCAAUCAGAAGAAUUGUAAAUAUGAAGCUCUAAAUAACAACGUUCAACGUUCGCUUCGAAUCGCUCUUUGACAAUUUAGUGUUUUUGUGGCAUGGCAAGUUUACGGCGAUAUCACAGAAAAUAAACAUUCACCAUCAUAAAUAAUACAACGUUUGGCAAAAAGCCUCAUUUCAAAUAUCCCAAUAAACUCGCAAGUAGAUGUGGUCCUUAAGUCAUAUACGAUGUUAGGCGAAAAACAUAUUAACUGGCAACACCACGCAGCAUGGCGCGUGUGCGCAUUUUUCAUUGUUGUAUACAAAUUUCUGAAUGUGUGAAGUACUAUAACUAAAAAUGCAUCCAAGUUCGUCAUUGCGCGUAAUACGCCUAUCGCUACAAGUAUAUAUAAUACUAUAUUAAUAUUACGGUAUCACACUUGAAAUCCACGUUAUAUUAUCGGCACGCGUAUUUUGGAUUUUCGCACCACUCUGUGUGGUGUGGCCAGUGUGUUUUCCGCCUUACAGUUUUAAUUUUAAGAUUGUUAUUCGUAAAUACGAUUUGACAAUCUAAUUAAAAAUAUAUAGUGGUUACUUUUUUACUUUUCUAUAUACAAUUAUUGAGAUAUACAUAUUUAUACAAUUGAAGAUUCAAGUCUAAUUAUGAAUUCAUUAAUUGUAUCGUUCCUUGUCCGUACUUAUUUUUAAUUUAUUUUAUUAUUACGUAAUUUAUUGUUACACGAUACUUACGUUGUUAAAAUAUAAGGCUUUAAAUAAAUA